AUGUACCCUCAGCGUGUGAUUCUUACCACCUAUCCUGGUCAGCAUGGUAUUGAGCCAGUUGCACUCAACUGGGGUGCCGCCGACUCUAAGAAGCGUGGACCUAUCGUUGCCUCUCGUCACGCUGGAAGUAUCAAGAAGAGAAAUGCAAUUGGUGCCUAUGGUGGUUCGUACUGUAUCUACCGUGCCUUGGCUGUAGCUAUCGGAGACUUGCCCUGCAACUACCGUCCCAACUUUGACAUGACUGAGCCCACCUUCUCAGUUGGUCCUUACCCCACUUGGUUUGACCCCACCAAGAUUGUCUCUCUUGACCCCUGGGGCCACACCGCUCCUCAAGUUUUCAAGAAGGAAUACGAAGGAGGUUUGGAUGUCAGACCUACUAUUGCUAUCACUCGUGCUCAUAUGACCAUGGCCGAGAUGGAAAUGAGUGUCAGUAAGGGUACUCUCAAGGUCGAUGGUACCAUUGUCGUCAACCAAAAGGGUGAGCUUGCUGUAUCCAAGGCUGCCGUUGAGCCUGUGUGGUACUUGCCUGGUGUUGCUGCCCGCUUUGGUAUCGAAGAGGGUCUCUUGCGUCGUGCUCUCUUUGAGGACACCGGAGGAAUGUACCCUGAGUUGAUCACUCGUCCCGACCUCAAGGUAUACCUCCCUCCUAUCGGUGGUAUCAGUGUCUACAUUUUCGGUAACCCAGCCUAUGUAUCGGACCCUACAAAGAAAUUGACUCUUCGUGUCCAUGAUGAAUGUAAUGGUUCCGAUGUAUUCGGCAGUGAUAUCUGUACCUGCCGCCCUUACCUGAUCUAUGGUAUUGAAGAAUGCGCCAAGCAAGCACAGGAAGGAGGUGUCGGUGUGAUUGUAUACUUCCGCAAGGAAGGACGUGCUUUGGGAGAGGUUACAAAGUACCUUGUGUACAACGCACGAAAACGUCAGGCUGGUGGUGACACCGCUGAUAACUACUUCUUGAGAACCGAGUGUAUUGCCGGUGUUAAAGAUAUGCGCUUCCAAGCCCUGAUGCCCGAUGUUUUGCACUGGUUGGGUAUCCAGAAGAUUGACCGCAUGAUGUCUAUGUCAAAUAUGAAACACGAUGCCAUUGUCGAAGCUGGUAUUCCUAUCCUUGAACGUGUCCCAAUUCCUGACGAAAUGAUCCCUGCCGAUUCUCGUGUCGAGAUUGAUGCCAAGGUCGCAUCAGGAUAUUUCUCAAGUGGUGCAGUUCUUACUGAGGCCGAGUUGGCCAAGGUCAAGGGACGUGGAUGGGAAGAUGUUAAAAACUAG